AUGGACUCGUAUCUCUACACGAAACGGUUCAUUGACCAGCAGGUCAAGAUCCUUAACCAGCCGCUUGUGAUAGACGAUCGGCUUCGUGCGUUAAUAGCACAAUUGCAACUGGAGUAUGGCCCCGAUUCCAUUUCAGAAUCUCAGCUCCAGAAAGUGCUCCAGAAAACGAAUGCCAGAAUACGAAGACACAAUGCGGCAGCGUUCCUGGCACAGGUCACGAACCAGAUUGUCCAGCAAGUCUUGAAGUUGGAGCUGUACAAGUUAGCCAUAGUAAACGAACAACUAGCCAAGAUCAGAUACAUUUUGCGGCCGUUGCUUCUUCCUGACUUUAAUCUGGUUUCGAACGACGAUCCCAAGACCAGGCUCAGACAGUUCGAGUUGUUGAUCAAGGAGUUACCAGAGAGUCAGUACUUGAUCGUUGACGAUAGCCCGAUGAACAAGAAUGAGCAGCGCCUAUUUGUUUCUUCGGAUGAAGAAUCGGAUAGUGAAGACGAAGACGAUAAUCUACUUGUAGAAGACGACGCAGCCAGAGUAGAGGAGCCGGUCUCAUCACAAAGACUACGUAGUCACUAUACAAAAAAGUUGAAGGAAGAAGUAAAUCGCCAGAUACAGCGAGAUCAAACGAUUGACCAGUUGCUUGCCAAAUACGACGAGCUCAGACUAGCUCUUGUAGACGAACACAGCAAGCUUCUGUAUCUUUUUGAAAAGAUCCAGUACUUAAAAAGUCUCAAAAAUGAGAUCCAGAAUACCUUGGGAAUAAGUCUACCGGGAGAGAACAACAAGAAAGUAGACCAUGAGAUAUACGAUAGUGACGAAGAAGAGGAUGAAGUAGUUGGUGGAGUUUCACAGCUCCAGUCUAACCUCGUUACAAAUGACCACAACUCUAGUGCAAGGGGACUAUUGAGUGAAAUCAACCGAUUCCGGGUUUUGGUGGAAAAACUCUCAUACAAGAUCUCGAGCUCAGAUAUAGGCACCCGUGAGUUGCGGGAAGAGUUGGCGAAGCUCAGUAAGGGUUCUUCAGUAUAGACCGAACAUAGAGAUAUUGACCGAGUAUCCGUGU